AUGCAGCUACUACAGCAGCUCCUACAGCAUCACCCUGACUACUACCACCCACCACCCAGCCUUCGACCACCCACCACCCACCACCCAGCCUUCGAACACCCACCACCCAAACUGCCACCACCCACCACCCAGACUGCUACCACCCACCACCCAGUCUUCGACCACCUCCACCCAGACUACUACCACCCACCACCCAGCCUUCUACCACCCACCACCCAUGGCAACACUGUCGGAUCAACGCUGUCGGAUCCACACUGUCGGAUCAACGCUGUCGGAUCCACACUGUCGGAUCAACGCUGUCGGAUCAACACUGUCGGAUCCACACUGUCGGAUCCACACUGUCGGAUCCACACUAUCGGAUCAACGCUGUCGGAUCCACACUGUCGGAUCAACGCUGUCGGAUCAACGCUGUCGGAUCCACACUGUCGGAUCAACACUAUCGGAUCAACGCUGUCGGAUCAACGCUGUCGGAUCAACGCUGUCGGAUCAACACUAUCGGAUCAACGCUGUCGGAUCAACACUAUCGGAUCAACGCUGUCGGAUCCACACUAUCGGAUCAACGCUGUCGGAUCAACGCUGUCGGAUCAACGCUGUCGGAUCAACGCUGUCGGAUCAACGCUGUCGGAUCCACACUAUCGGAUCAACGCUGUCGGAUCAACGCUGUCGGAUCAACGCUGUCGGAUCAACGCUGUCGGAUCAACGCUGUCGGAUCAACGCUGUCGGAUCAACACUAUCGGAUCAACGCUGUCAGAUCCACACUAUCGGAUCAACGCUGUCGGAUCAACGCUGUCGGAUCCACACUGUCGGAUCAACGCUGUCGGAUCAACGCUGUCGGAUCAACGCUGUCGGAUCAACGCUGUCGGAUCCACACUGUCGGAUCAACGCUGUCGGAUCCACACUGUCGGAUCAACGCUGUCGGAUCAACACUGUCGGAUCAACGCUGUCGGAUCAACGCUGUCGGAUCAACGCUGUCGGAUCAACGCUGUCGGAUCCACACUAUCGGAUCAACACUGUCGGAUCCACACUAUCGGAUCAACGCUGUCGGAUCAACGCUGUCGGAUCCACACUUUCGGAUCAACGCUGUCGGAUCCACACUAUCGGAUCCACACUAUCGGAUCAACGCUGUCGGAUCAACACUAUCGGAUCAACGCUGUCGGAUCAACCCUAUCGGAUCCACGCUGUCGGAUCAACGCUAUCGGAUCAACGCUGUCGGAUCCACACUAUCGGAUCAACGCUGUCGGAUCAACGCUGUCGGAUCCACGCUGUCGGAUCAACGCUGUCGGAUCCACGCUGUCGGAUCAACGCUGUCGGAUCAACGAUGUCGGAUCAACGCUAUCGGAUCAACGCUGUCGGAUCAACACUAUCGGAUCAACGCUGUCGGAUCCACACUAUCGGAUCAACGCUGUCGGAUCAACGCUGUCGGAUCCACACUAUCGGAUCCACACUAUCGGAUCAACGCUGUCGGAUCCACACUAUCGGAUCAACGCUGUCGGAUCCACUCUAUCGGAUCCACACUAUCGGAUCCACACUAUCGGAUCAACGCUGUCGGAUCCACACUAUCGGAUCAACGCUGUCGGAUCCACACUAUCGGAUCAACGCUGUCGGAUCCACACUAUCGGAUCAACGCUGUCGGAUCCACACUAUCGGAUCAACACUGUCGGAUCCACACUAUCGGAUCAACGCUGUCGGAUCCACACUAUCGGAUCCACACUAUCGGAUCAACGCUGUCGGAUCCACACUAUCGGAUCAACACUAUCGGAUCCACACUAUCGGAUCAACGCUGUCGGAUCCACACUAUCGGAUCCACACUAUCGGAUCAACGCUACGGACAGAAAGAGAGAUGCUGUGUGUGUUGAUGGUGCUGUGCUGGUCGUGGGGUGUGUUGGGGUACGGGCGAGGGGGGCAGAAGGACUCAUCGGGGCAGGACUGUGCCCUUCUCCGUGUCAGUGUGAGGAGGAUGGUAUCUUUGUUCUGGCGGACUGUUCUGAACUGGGACUAUCAGCUGUCCCUGACAACCUCAGCCACCUAACUACUUACCUGGAUCUUAGCAUGAACAGCAUCAGUGAGCUGCAACCCAGAGUCUUCCACAGCCUGCACCUGCUGACAGAACUGCGUAUCUCAGGGAACCGGUUAAGGUACAUCUCUGGCCUCGCUCUCCAUGGUCUACACAAUCUCAAAGUGUUGAUGCUUCAGAAUAAUCAGCUGGAAAGACUUCCCAAUGACAUUCCAUGGAAUCUACCCAACCUGCUGUCUCUGCGUCUGGAUGCUAACCUGUUAUCUGAGGUGCCUGCACGGUCACUAGGUGGUCUUAGGUCUCUAAGACACCUGUGGUUGGAUGAUAACAGUUUAACAGAGAUCCCUGUCUCUGCUCUGGACUCUCUGCCGGCCCUACAAGCUAUGACCCUCGCUCUCAACCAUAUCACUCACAUACCUGACCAUGCAUUUAGCAACCUCUCAUCACUGGUCGUACUUCAUCUCCAUAACAACCAGAUCCAGACGAUGGGAGAGAGGUGUUUCCAAGGUUUGCUCAGUCUGGAGACACUGGAUCUGAACUACAAUUAUCUACCAGAGUUUCCUACAGCCAUCAGGACCCUGGCAAAGCUUCAGGAACUUGGGUUCCACCACAACAACAUCAGCGCGAUCCCUGAGAGAGCCUUCAUGGGAAACCGCCAGCUACAGACCAUUCACUUCUAUGAGAAUCCCAUCCAGUCUGUGGGAAGAUCCGCUUUCCAGUUUUUACCUAAGCUCCAUACACUCUCCCUAAACGGGGCGACCCAGAUACGAGAUUUCCCCGACCUGAAAGGAACCACCAGCCUGGAAACACUGACAUUGACCAGGGCUGGUCUCUCUACUCUUCCUCAGCGGUUGUGUCAGCAGCUACUCCGCCUCAGAGUACUCGAGCUGUCUCAUAAUCAGAUAGCGGAUCUUCCCAGCUUCUAUCACUGCUCUGCCCUGCAGGAAAUAGGCCUGCAGUAUAACCACAUUAGGAGGAUUGAGAGGAAUACCUUCCAGCAGCUCAGCUCUCUACAGUCUCUAGAUCUCAGCUUCAACAGUAUUGAGUGGAUUCACCCUGAUGCCUUCAUUUCGUUCCAUUCUCUGACCAAGCUGGACCUGAGUGAGAACAGUCUUACAUCACUUCCUGUGGGUGGUCUGGGGGGACUGACCCAUCUGAAGCUGAAAGGAAACAUGGAGCUCUAUGAAGACUUCAGCCCUGAACUCUUCACCCGCAUGAGGGUGGUAGAGAUGCCGUAUGCAUACCAGUGCUGUGUCUAUGGGUCAUGUGACAGCUAUAAGCCCAUCAGCCAACCGGAGACUGAGCAGAGCAGUGAGGAGGAGGAGCUAGACCAGAGGACCGUCGCCCUAUACCCCAUCCACACCGACACACUCUAUGACCCAGACCUGGAGGAUCUCCAGAUGGAGAUACAGGAAUCUAAACUACAGACUAACAUCCAGUGCUCACCUGUACCAGGUCCGUUCCGGCCAUGUGACUCCCUGCUAGGCAGCUGGUUGGUCCGUGUGGGUCUGUGGUGCGUCUCCAUCGUGUCUCUACUUGGGAACUCUCUCUUGCUGCUGUCACUCUUCGGUUCGGCGGGCUAUCUCUCCCCGCUGCGGUUCACCACCGCCUGCAUGGCCGCUGCCAACCUCCUCACCGGCGUAUGCACAUGCACGCUCGCCCUCGUGGACGCCCUCACGCUGGGAGAAUUUGGACGCCACGGCGCCCGCUGGGAGUCGGGUCCCGGUUGCCAGGUGACGGGGUGGGUGUGGGUGUUUGCGUCCGAGGCGAGCGUGCUGCUGUUGACCCUGGCGGCCGUGCAGUGUGGCAUGACGUGCACACGGGCCUACGGAAAGGCGCCCUCACACGGGAGCGUCCGUACGUGCGCGUUCUUCUGCCUCACCCUAUCUCUCACCCUGGCAUCCCUCCCUCUGGUCAAUGUGGGGGAGUACGGUUCCACCCCUCUCUGCCUGCCCUCCCCCUUGCAUCCCCCCUCCUCCCAUCCCCCCUCCUCUCUAGGCUUCCCUCUCUCUCUGAUCAUGAUGAAUACACUGUGUCUGCUGAUAGUGACAGUCUCCUACAUCCGUCUGUACUGGGAGCUGCUGAGAGGAGAGUGCGAGGGGCUGUGGGACUGCAGCAUGAUUAAACACAUCACCUGGUUGAUCUUCAUCAACGGUCUCCUCUACAUCCCAGUGGCCUUCCUGUCUCUCUGCUCCCUGCUGGGGCUGCUUUCUCUGGGGGAGGAGGUGCUGAAGUCAGUCCUGCUCCUUCUACAACCCCUCCCCUCCUGCCUCAACCCACUCCUCUUCCUCCUAUUCACCCGAGACCACACCCACUUCUUGUUCUGGCCACAUCCCAAGGCACGCCCCCAGUUAUACCGGGACUGCACGCUUGAAGACUCGCUGGUCUCUGUGGACACAGAGAAGAGCUUGUGUUCUGAUUUGUCGACGCAGGUGUCACUCGCCGAGGCUGACGCCCUUUACGGUGGAAGCCCCGCCCUCCAACCCCGGAUGGAUCCAAUCAGAUUAUCCCACUGCUCUUCUUCCUCCUCCUCUUCCUCGGUUCCUCUGAUCCCGUGUCAGACACCUUCCCCCAGCCUGAGAGAAAGAGAGAUGGAGAGUGAAAGAGAGAGGGAAAGAGAUAUGGAGAGCGAGAGGGAGGCAGAGUGGUAAGGUAUGAAUCACUAAACUACAAUGGGACACAAUCUCAGUUGUCAAGCACCGCUGGCUGGGACCCUACGAGACAUUAUAAACCAACACAUUCCCUACUGCCUCCCUCCUCUCUCCUUCCCUCCCUCCCUCCCUCUCCAUCCCUCGCUCUCCUUUCCUCCCUCCUCUCCUUCCCUCCCU